GAGACUACUCGGUGAGCAUCGACAGGAAUGGAAUAACUUUCGUUUGAGGGCGGGUCGGUGUACUCGCCGAACGUUGAGCCUCCGAGCAACUUUGGGGGGCAGUGGGGGACCAUAAACGGAUAGAAUCAAGGCCUUCCUUGACAUAAUAGAAUGGUGUCCACCCUGCAGGCAUGCCGCCCCUUCCAGCCCUCCCGCCAAGUGCUGCGUCACCUGCCCUUGACCACCUUGACGCCUGACGCCUGUCCCGCCCCACGCCGCACCGAGCCCGAGGCGGCGGGAAUGCAAGCGAUGGAGCGGGAGGUAGAGAAGGUCGUGGCAUCGGUGGAGCAGGGGGAGGGGCGCGGCGCGAGGGUGAAGCGGAGCGUGGGCAGGAAGGAGCUCCGCCGCCUCGACCCGUUCCUGCUGCUGGACGAGUUUUCGGUGCGCCACCCCGCGGGCUUCCCUGAGCACCCCCACCGCGGCAUCCAGACCAUCACCUACAUGCUCAAGGGAAGCUUCCGGCACCAGGACUCCGGCGGCCACGAGGGAGUCAUCCACCAGGGAGACCUGCAGUCGCUGCGGGCGGGUCGCGGCGUCGUGCACUCCGAGAUGCCCGCCUCGGAGGGGGACAACACGGGCCUGCAGCUGUGGGUGAACCUUCCGCGGGUGCACAAGAUGGUGGAGCUAGCCUACCAAGACGUGCGGGCGUCCGACGUGCCGGAGGUGACGGUGGAGGGAGCGACGAUCAGAGUGCUGGCCGGGGAGGCUGAGGGCGUGAAGUCCCCCCUGCAGACCCUCACGCCCGUCCGGUACCUCGCCUUCCACCAGCAGCCCGGCGCCAAAGUCACCCAUAACCUGCCGAGGGACUGGAACGCCUUCAUCUACGUCAUCACGGGGACGGUCGCAGUGGGUCGCGGGGAGGAGGCGCGGGAGGGCGGUCCGCACCACACCCUCGUGCUGGGCCGCGGCGAAGCUGUCACCGUGUGCACCGUAGGGCCGCAGAAGGCGCAUUUCGUCCUCGUGGCGGGCCAGCCCAUCGAGGAGCCGGUGGUCCAGUCCGGGCCCUUCGUCAUGAACACUCAGGAGGAGAUCGACCAGGCUUAUCAAGACUUCGAAAUGGGGAGGAACGGCUUCGAGUUCAGCCACAAGCACCGAAGAUAGAGCUCUCGUCACCCUUAACUGUCUCUACUCGUCCCUAUUUUCUUACAAUAAAGGAAGCAGCUAAAGGGAAACACAAAGAACAAAGAACAUAAAAGCCUGCGACAAAAAAACAAAGAAACAAAAAG